AUGUCCUCCACAGCAGGUCUCCAGGGCCGCCUGAAAGAGCUCUCUACAUCCCUGGGCCAGAUACAACCUCUCGUCAACCGACUGCACGACUUCACAGCUUCUAUCGGACAAGGCGAUGAGGCGCGCCUCGAGCUUGGGAGCGAGAUACACUCUCGUUUGAAAGAUGCCGAGCAGGAGUUGGAGUUAUUACGGGUUGAUGUUGAGGCACUGGACACUGGCACCGAUAGCAGACCGAAGCGGAAUGCAGAGAUCGCUAAGCGGAAAGAGAGAGAAUUGCUAUUAUCGCGGUCAACGAAGUCCGAGAAAAAGCAGCCAUCUGAACGAUUCACACAAGAUGACCUUGUUCUCAAUGCUUCGAAUGACGUGACAUCUGCUCUGCGCAGAACACAUCAACUGAUGCAGGCCGAGCUUUCUCGCAGUGCAUUUGCUCAGGAAACCCUUGAUCAAUCCACAGUUGCUAUCAACUCCCUGUCCGAGUCCUACAGCGGUCUCGAUACACUUCUCUCAUCAUCUCGCAGCCUUGCUAAUUCUCUUCUCCGCUCCCAAAAAUCUGAUACCUGGUACCUUGAGACUGCAUUCUAUGUUCUUAUCGGAACUAUUACGUGGCUUGUCUUCCGACGGGUCCUAUAUGGACCUCUUUGGUGGCUCCUGUGGCUCCCAUUGAAGCUCAUUGCUCGCGUUGUAUUUGCAGCUCUAGGUGUGGCUGGAUUGUCCAGUACAGCUGUGCAAUCAUCUGCAGACUCAAUUUCUGGCGAUUUCUCGUCUCGUAUUCACGAAACAGCUACCGCUGUUAUGGGAGGCACCGUGACAUCCUCUGCUGCUUGGGAAGAACCACCAGUACCAGCUGACACAGAUCGUGUGAUCGAUGAAAUUGGUCGUAUGGUUGAAAAAGGCAAAGAAGAAAGCACUGGCAUUGAUGAUAUAACCCCCGAGGAGAGAGAGAGGCAAGAUGCACUUCCUCGGAAUACGAAGAAGAGGAUGUAUGAGGAUGAGCCUGUGCGGGAUGAGCUAUAG